GCCACGAAGCCCAACCAUAAGCAACCAUCAAACUAGUUCCUCUUGUACAACUUUGAGCAUUCUUGUUUGUUACCACAAAUUUCUCAAUGGCUGCUUCAACAAUGGCUCUCUCCUCCCCAUCAUUCGCCGGCAAGGCCGUCGAGCUCACCCCCACCGCCAACAGGGUUACCGGUGGUGGACGUGUCUCCAUGAGGAAGACCGGCUCCAGGGUUGCUUCCUCAGGUAGCCCAUGGUACGGCCCAGACAGAGUCAAGUACUUGGGCCCACUCUCUGGUGAACCCCCGUCCUACCUUACUGGUGAAUUCCCCGGUGACUACGGGUGGGACACCGCUGGGCUUUCAGCCGACCCGGAGACCUUCGCUAGGAACCGUGAGUUGGAGGUGAUCCACUCCAGAUGGGCCAUGCUCGGUGCUUUGGGCUGUGUUUUCCCCGAGCUCUUGUCCCGCAACGGUGUCAAGUUCGGUGAGGCCGUGUGGUUCAAGGCCGGAUCCCAAAUCUUCAGCGAGGGUGGGCUUGACUACUUGGGCAACCCUAGCUUGAUCCACGCUCAGAGCAUCUUGGCCAUCUGGGCCAGCCAAGUCAUCUUGAUGGGCGCCGUUGAGGGUUACCGUAUUGCUGGUGGGCCUCUUGGUGAGGUCACCGACCCCAUCUACCCGGGUGGUAGCUUCGACCCAUUGGGCCUUGCUGACGACCCAGAGGCCUUUGCUGAGCUCAAGGUGAAGGAGCUCAAGAACGGCAGGCUUGCUAUGUUCUCUAUGUUUGGAUUCUUUGUGCAGGCCAUCGUUACUGGAAAGGGCCCAUUGGAGAACUUGGCUGACCACCUUGCUGACCCAGUCAACAACAAUGCCUGGGCCUACGCCACCAACUUCGUCCCUGGAAAGUGAGAGAGCCCAAUGAAUUGAGACUUGAGUGUGUAUGUGUGUGCGCGCACGUUUGUAUGUAAUGGAUCUUAGUGUGGACUUUCUCGAGUUAUCCGAUGGAAAAAGCCAUUGCACGAAAUUGAAUCACAUCAUGAUGUACUACUAAUCUGAGUGAAAUCAAAUGUCUCAUUUUUUUUUUUUUUCCAAA